AAACAAGAUGAGGCUGUAGGCAGCUCCUUCCUCCCCAUAGCCCUUCUCAGGCGUAACUCUCGGCCUGUGUGCCUGCCCCAGGCAGGCCGAGGCUCCAACCAGAGACCUGGCGUCGGAGCCCCUCGCCUGUGCCUUCUUCACUCAGCUCAGGAGCGCUGAGCCCCCGGGCCCCGCCUUUGGUACGACUUGGCGCUGGGCGCCUCUCCUCUCCCAGCACGGAAGGUUGCACCACCACAGGAAAGCAUGACAUGUCCCCAACUGUCCCCUCUGGCCACAUCUCCCCUCCCGGCAACUCCCUUGACAGCCCGAUUGGCCGCCCCCCACCUGAGGCCCCGGCUCUCACUCCUGCCGCUUCCAGGAAGCCCUGCCACGGGGGGGCGCCGGGGCCCGAGGUGUGGAAGCUGUGACAGAGGCAUGCGCUAGACCACACCUAAACCGCGGACGAUGCGACACCCGGAGCCCUCCCUACCCCGACCCUGCGGAGGCAAACCUGCGGGGAGGACCCAGACCAUCUGCAAAUCAGGAAGGCAGGGUGUGUGAGAGCCACUGCCGGGAACUGCGUGAAGCCAACCUGCCCGUGCGCUGUCGUGCAGCACCCCGGCCGCCAGCGCUGCCUGCUGCCUUCUGCUCCUGUAGCUCGGAGGACCCAGAGCCGGCGACACAGCCUCCUCCCACCCUCUGUGACCCAGCAGCCGGGGCGGCAUCCUCCUCGUCCCUUGGAACCCGAACACCCAGCGCUGGCCAUGGAGCCCUGCCGGUCCCUGGCCCUGCUUGCUGGCUCCCUGGGCCUGGCGUCCUCCCUGGUGGCCAUCAGCACCGACUUCUGGAUAGUGGCCAUGGGGCCCACUUCAGCUCACUCGGGCCUCUGGCCGAGAGGCGGUCAGGAAGGUCAAAUCAAAGGCUACAUCCACGUGACGCAGAGCUUCUGCGUCCUGGCCGCCCUGUGGAGCCUGGUGGCUGUGGGCUUCCUGGUGCUGUCCUGCAUCCCUUCCCUGUCCGCCCCUGGCCGAGGGCCUCUGGUCUCCACCAUCACCGCGUUUGCUGCAGCUCUCUCCAUGCUGGUGGCCAUGGCGGUGUACACCAGUGAACGCUGGGGCCAGGCUCCGCACCCGCAGGUCCAGACCUUCUUCUGCUGGUCCUUCUACCUGGGCUGGGUCUCCAUGGUCCUGUUCCUCUGUACAGGUGCCCUGAGUCUGGGCGCUCACUGUGGUACACACCGGCCCGGCUAUGAAACCUUGUGAGCAGGGGAGAAGGCCAGGAUGCAUGUGAGCGCUGGGCCCCCGGAGUGUCCUCAGGAGCCGUGGAAGGAAGGCUGGACCCUGCCCCUGCCCUGCCCCUCCCUCCCUCCCAAUCCACCCCCCUUCAUUUAUUUCUUCAGUCAUUCAAUAAAAAAUUUGCUAAAAUCUGGUUAUUCCAAG